CACAGGUACUGGCUGCGGACGUUAGAAGAUGACCUACCGCACCACUUCCAACAAAUUCUUCUGGCCAGGAGCAAGCUCAAUGUCGACACCAUGAUAGGCGACGAGGAACGUGGUACGACCAUCUGGGUGAUGUGCGCGCCGUUGUCGUCCUUGUUGCUCGCUGGCAACUUUACCACGAUCGACAUGCUCUCCAUAGCCACUGGAUACGACAGGGACGAGGAGAAAAUCAGAGACGCUCUGCAAACCAGUAAAAUUGACAUCAAAACGCUGUUGAUUCAGUUCCCCACGAGCCGCUUCUACGAGGACACCUACCCUCAGGUCAGGGGCUACAUCAUGGACAUGGAGCAUUCCCAGCUUCUCAUCAAGUUCUACGUUAAAAAAUCUCACUGCCAGCUCGUACAGAGCGGCAAAUGCAAGGCCAUGAAAUACUACGACACCCUCGAGGCCUGCGAGCAAUACUUCUGUCUCGGUCACCUCACCGUGUGGACCCACUACGCAAACUUGACCAUUCAUAGAACUACAGCAUUCAUAUGA